AUGGAAGGUAACUCGAAGGGAAUGUUUAGGCUUUCAGCUGGUGAUGCUAUUUAUAUGGUUUGUGAACCACCUGGAGAACCUUACUACAUAGGGAAGAUCAAAAGGUUUAUAGUAACGCAACCAGAACUCAAUAUUACCAGUCAUAUUGCAUCUCCUAAAGGUGUUUGUUUUCUUAUGCAAUGGUUUUAUAGACCUAAAGAUAUCUCGAAGUCUGGCCAUGAUCUGAGACUACUUUACUCUUCAAUGCAUACUGACAAGUGUCCUCUUAUGAGUUUUCGGGGUAAAGUUAGUCUAAUGUUGAAAUCAGACAUUGAAGAGUUCAUGAACAUGUCAUUGGAAGAAUAUGCCAGUCAUAAAGACCAUUUCUAUUUUGAUAAAUUGUUUGAUCGAUAUAUGCUUAAGUUUUAUGAUGUGAUUCUGACUCAAUCAUUACUACCAUAUGCUGAUUUGGAAGAUAAUCAUUCUCUGAACUUCAUAAGGUGUUUGCAUAAACGGUUUGAGUACAUUUUUGUUGAACCUUCCAGAGUGAAAACUUUGCUUAAUGGACUUAGUGAUAACACUUGUCAUUGUGAUAUCUGUGGUCAAUGGUGUUCUGCGGUCGACUCUGUAUCGUGUGGCUCGUGUCUCCAGCAUUACCAUAUGUUAUGUUUAGACCCUCCAUUGAUGACUAUGCCUAAAAAGGGGUUUACGUGGUCUUGUGGAACGUGUGCUAAGAACGAUGACUUGGCUUUUCAAAGCAAGAGAACACUUAUGUUAGAAACCAAUAAGGCCACUAACGAAAGUUCCUUACGAAGCCAAAGACGACUCGAAGAUCUUCAAGAUCAUCAAGAUGAGGUAGUAAUAGUAACGUCCUCUUCAACGUCAUUGGACUCUCUAACACACCCAUCUGAUUCUUCUUCUUCAGGUACUUUGUCAACAGAGAAGGAGCAUCUUCCCAAGUACGAGACUAUGGCUUCAAAGUUUUUAUUGAACGAUAUUAACUUAUCUUUGGAGGAAAGAAGACUACAGGAGGAAUGGACUAUAAGAUAUCUUGGCACAUAUGCCCGUUUGGAAGAUGCUGUUGAUGUCCAUGAUAGAAACCCUUAUCCCCGAGCAUCCACAAGAUUAGGCUACAAGCAUCAAGCAGUUUAUCUUCCUGAAUAUGAGGACCAUCCUAUUUAUUAUUAUGAUGGUGCAGAGGAUUUGGAUACCAAUAAUAAGAGAAGAGGUUGGGGUGGCCGGAGACGAAACCAGAAGAGCUCUACUCCAAGUUUCCAAGGGAAGAGACUUUCUGUCCCCAAAGAGUUCAUUGAUGUUGAUCCCAAAGAUUAUCCUCAAUGGUUACAACCCCGCCCACGAGGAUAUAUUGAAAGAGGACUUGAUGGAGGCAAAGAUAGCACCAGCACAUUAAUGUGGAAACCUGUGGAGGAGGAAAGGGAAGGUCAUUUGACUUUAUAUCUUGAAUCGUGUGCACCUAAGGCUAUCGAACUUGGGAUCUUACCCAGCAGUCCAAAUUUCAUGGACUUUAUUCUUAAAACUUAUCAUGACAAUGAAGGAGACUCGAAAGCAGCUUUAAAAUGUGUUUCAUCUUUGACCAGAGAAAUUCUUCGAGAGCCCACCUUUUCUCAAGAUGAAAUUGAAAGGUUUGAACAAGGUAUUAUGAAAUAUGGAAGUGAGUUACAUCCUACGUAUGUUGAAGUUAAGACACAAGAGCUUAGUAUGGUAGUUAGGUUCUACUACUUAUGGAAAAAGACCGAGAACGGAAGACGAAUUUGGGGAGGUUUUAAGGGAAGAAAGAAGAAUAAGUUCCAUGUUAAAGCAGCAGCAGCAGCAGCAGCACCAGAAACUUAUACCGAUGAUAACAUUGAAAUACUUGACAGCAUUUCAGAUAAUAUAAAAUGCAAACAUUGCUCCACCGAUUUUAGUGUUCAAUGGUAUAAAGUCACAGACACAGAACCGGACAACGGGAUGGUUGGGUUGUGCUUUAGAUGUGCGAAACUAUGGAGGAAAUAUGGUGUGGUAUGGGAAGAUCCAAUUACCUUAAAGAAGAAGAUCCAAGCACAAAUCCAAAAGAGAAGAUAUGAAUAUGAGUUAAUGGUGGAUGCUAUUGGAAUUGUCCAACAUUCAUUAAAACAUGGUGGUUUAACUAAUACCAAAAAGGGUAAUAUAAUUUCAUUAGAGCUGUCUACGGAAAACACACCAACCCCCCCACCUUCUAAAAAAGGUCGCCCACCAAAGAAGAAGACCACUAAUGAAGUGAAACGGAGCCGAACUCCGAAGAAAAUAAUGAAAACUAAUACCAAAGAGGAAGAAAAGGAUACAAAAUAA